AACUCUAAAAAACACCAAAAUACUGAUUAUAACCUGUCCGUAGGUUUUAUAAAUCGAAAAUGAUUUCCUCUAGCUCAGUCAACAUUCCGCAAUGGUUCACAAAAUUGCUUCCGUAACGCUGCUAACGGCACUUUUUUCUGUUCUAAUUUUACAAAUUUUUAACAAAUCUAAACUAAAACACCCUUACGCAGAUCUCACCAUUCAAGAACUGGUUGAAAAAUACGAAUAUCCAGUCGAAGUCCAUAACGUAACUACGGAAGAUGGCUACAUUCUAACGCUCCAUAGAAUCCCUCACGGAAAAGAAAAUCUUUCCCAAAAUAGAACACCGGUUUUGUUUUUACCCGGGGUCUUGCAAGGUGCCUGGGAUUUUGUACAGAAUGGACCCAAUCAAUCUUUGUCAUUUAUUUUAAGCGAAAAAGGAUACGACGUUUGGUUGGGAAACGUCAGAGGUACUACCUUGUCCAGAAAACACGAAACUUUGGAUCCUGAUAAGGAUCUAGCUUUUUGGGAUUUUACGAUUGAAGAAAUCGGGGUUUAUGAUCUUCCAGCUUUGAUUGACUACGUUUUGGAAACCACCGGAGAGAGUUCGCUCCACUACGUUGGGUUUUCUCAAGGUACAACAGUAUUUUUUCUAAUGGGGUCUGAAAGAAGUGAAUACCUUAGCAAAGUUAAGUUAAUGUCAGCCUUGGGACCUGCUGUUUUUAUGGAAAACCCCAAAAGUCCUAUCGUCCAGUUCAUAGCAGAUAAUUGGAAGCUCGGAGAGGUACUGUUUGGUUUUUUUAAUUAUCAAGAAUUAUUUGGUAUUAACGAUCCUAUGACUAUGUACGUGAAAUAUAUCUGCAAUGACGAAAACUCUAUUUUCAUAAAUUUAUGUAUGCAUCACUUCUCUAUGGCUUUAGGCGACAAUUACGACGCUGCAGACAAGAGUACGCUGUCUUUGAUGACUUCGAAAAGUCCCUGUGGAGCAUCACUCAGGCAAAUUAUUCACAUUUACCAAAUGAUUGAUUCUGGCAAUUUUUGUAAAUACGAUUUCGGAACUCGACGCAAUUUGGAAAUCUAUGGUCAAGAAACACCACCGCUUUAUAAUUUGUCGAAAGUUACCGUUCCUGUGGCACUAUAUUACUCCACCAAUGAUUGGGUCAUCGAUAUAACGAAUAUGGACCGGCUUGAAAAAACACUUCCCAAUGUGGUGAAAAGGUAUAAAGUGCCUUUGGAAAAAUUUAACCACGGUGAUUUUUUGUUUGCCAAAGAUGUGGUUGGACUUUUGUAUAACACUGUGAUAGAUGAAAUUUCAAAAUACUGAGGAAAAAAUUCAAAACUUAUCAAUGAAAACUUCCUUCGUCGAUCAACUAUUUUAUGCCUAUUUAUUUACAUGAUGAGUUUAAAUCUUUAGAUAAUUCCAUCAUUCAUCAUAAAUUAAAUAAAUGUGAUUUUUACCUCAAUGGUAAACAACUGUAAGAAAUUGUACUUUAAUAUUACUAAAAAAUAAACAUAUAAUAUGAA